AGCAGCUCCUCGGCCGGGAGCAAAGAGCUAGUCCUCACCGUGAUGCACCGGGCGCUCAUGGGGCUGGACGUGUUCCUCGGACAGGCGGUGAUCCCGCUUGAUAAGGUCUUUCAUGAGAGUAGAUGCGUGAAAAACGAUCCUCUUUGUCCUGCUGCACAGUUUGUACUCAGAUAUAAACACAGCUGUCAAGUCUCUGGUGCUGCAUCAGGGCCCUGCAGACACACCCUCCCUCCUCCCACAGACACCAAACUAACUCUGAGCACAUCUGACCCCUUCACACCUCACUGAGGCUGAAGGCUUCCCCAAAACCAGACCUUCUAGAAACUUCACAGUGUCCACAUUAGGUGCAUGUUUGUCUUCUUUUGAUGGGCUCUGACAUGUUGUUUCCCAAUAGCUGAGGCAUGACGUAGAGCUAGGGGGAUUAAUGCCUGUCCCAGUUUCAAGGGAUUAUCUAACAGAGUCAUGAUCUGAAAGCUCCAAGGUAUUUUUAGCAUAACAUGUUGUUUUACAAAAGCCCACCCAGUGGAGCGCAGGCAUGGAUGUAAAGAAGUGAGGCAUAGUUGGAGGUUGCAUAAAUUAAACAGUGUAAACAUUGGACAAAUCUUCGAGUAAAUUCACGCCCUCAGAUAAAUCUUAUUUAUAAUCAAUAUGUCAUCUUGACGGAGUUGUUUAGUUGUGAAGGACAUGUCAUGGUGGAACAACUUUCUCUUAACCUUCAUGUUUUAUAUGAGUCCAAUGUCCUACACUCCCCAUUAACACUCCGGGAGAAAACGCCUGAACUUGCUGAAUUCAGCUUUUGGUUUGAUAGAUAGCGUUAGCACGGAAAUGAGGAGCACUGUUAACAUUUCCUUUGACAGUGAUGCUUUAUAAUCAACUGAGGCCAUGCUGUCAGUGGAGAAACUGGACUUCCUGCUUCUUCCAUGUCUGAUUUCUCAGUUUUAUUGUAUAUGGUGCUACCAAACCUAUACCUGCCACCAAACCAUAAUGACAUGACAUAGCUUAGUUACUUGUGGUGACCUGAAAAAAGGAUUUGUCUUUGGAUUUUCCUUUUACUUAACACCAGUCCGUUAUGAUUUAGGAUGUCCCCCUCCCAUCUGACACCCUGUCGACUGAGCCAAUGAUGAACACAAAUGUUCCUCUUUAGUUUCUUUGAUGGCAGUGUGAUUAAAAUGAUUACCAGCCGACCUGAUGCUGCUUUUCCUCAGACAGACGUGUGAAUAUGAGACGAAAGGGGAACCAGUACUCCUCCUGUUGACCGUGUUGGAGCUGGUCGCUUGAAGGUUAAAGUCAGCCUGUGAUUUUGAAAUGUCAGCAGUUUGGUGUCUUGGUACAUUCAAUGUCUCUGUGUGGUAUUCACUAAAUCUGGGCUGGUCAAUAGCAGCACAUCCCUCAGUCAACACUGCUGGCGUGUGUCAGCCGUAUGAGAAACUCCCCCAAAACAUCUAUCAAAACAUGAGACAAGUUUUAGCGGAAAUGGUUGUUAUUGUGCUAUACGAUACAGCAUAAAAUAUUAAAGAUGAAGGCUCCUGCACGCCAAAAAAUGUUAGGCCUCCUGGGUAUAAAGUUGCACAGAUACACAUUCUGCAUAGCCAAUGCGCAAAAGGGUCUGUAGAGCCUCUUGAGACUUCUGCCAGUUGAGCUGCUAACUUCCUGUUUAGCCUCCCUCUAACUUGAAUGGGGAUAAAAUGAUUUACCUGUGUGGCUGUUCCAGACUUUCCAAAUGUUAUUGGAUCAAAUCGAUCAAAUUCUGACAGUGAAAUGAGUCAUUUUGUGGGACUUGCGAUGAAAAAGUGUUUUUGGGCCUUCAUGCAUCGUGUUCUGUUGUAUUACACGGUUUAGCCACAGUGUCAAAUCGGCUUUGAAGCCCAGCGCACUUCCUGAGGCCUUGGACCAACCAAAGCUGACUGAGGUGACAUCACUUGAGGCAGUUUAUUAGAGUUAAGACAGUUGCUUCGGGAGCCACAAGAGGCUUUAAACAACUUUUUCAAGCAUAUGCAUUAGUUCACCUGACGACUGUAAACAGACUUUGAUGUGUAAAAUUGCUUCAGUUCCCCUUCAAGUUCAACACUGUAUAAACUUAAGAAUGCUCUUAUUGCAUUGUUGUCACUAAGCUGAACUUGUUAAGGCUUUGACACCUGAGUUUGUGUACCAUUACUAGCACGGUGUACAAACAGCUGUCCGUGAACUUUGCCUAAAUCAAAUGUAAAAUUAACAAAAUUCUGAUUUAUAUCAAGAAAUAUUUGACAGUAACUGGAACUGGAAAUAUAUUAAGGACUGAUUUAUCAUGAUUGACUUAUCUCUUUACAUGGUUAGAUGUAGACUGACUCACAACAGCACAUGACUGCACAGUUUUGCAGUGUUACUGUACACAUGUAUGUUUUCCCCUCAGGAUAGUUUGUAAUUUCUGUGCUGUUCCGAGGGAACACCCUUAAAAGCAAAGUGGUGCUAUCUUCAGGUUCUCAUGAUAGAGUAAUCAUGGGUUCAUUCAAAGUUGUCUUUUUUUUUUAAAGGUGAGCUUUAUUUGCAUGGUGAUCAAUGGCGGCGGUCAAGUCUAGCGGUCUAGAAUAAAUACUUGCGAUAAGUAAACUGCUCGGGUGAGAUGGAAGACACUUUUAAAACCAGUUCAGCUCAACACAAACAAACCAACAGCAAAAGUCAUGUUAUGGACUGAUGGCCACAUGAUAUUUUAUUUCAAAACAUAAAAAAUGCACCUUUGUUCCAGUGAUUUCAGUUUCAUGUUUAGUAUUGCGGAGGACUGAGGAAUGUGCCAAGACUCCUUCACAUUACAGUUUGUAAUAUUUAUGAAGCCCUUUAGAGCAGGUGAGGGCUUCACAGUGAUGUAAUGCUCGUGGUCGUACAUUACAGCAAAUGGAGAUACAGCAGGUCAAAAUGGCUCUCUUCUCCUGAACCUCUGACUUGUUUUAUUCCCUCUAGGUUUCACCAGUUUCCAUAGAGUGUGCUUCUGAAUCAUUGUGUUCCAGUCACAGUCAGUGGAAGUGAAGGAUGAAGUUUAAUUUUAGGAGGAGUUAUGUUGGAGAGGUUAUUCUGGGAUGACCAGGUGAUGAAGAAACAAGUGGAGACAGGUGGUACAGGCUCAACUCGAAGACAGGGAAGAAGGAGAAGGAACGAGGAGACAUUCAAGUCACCGUCCAGUUCACCUGGAACAACUUGACGGCCAGCAUGUACGACCUCGUCAUGAAGGACAAGACCUCCUCCACCUUCAGCAAACUGAAAGAGCGCAUGAGGGCCAAGAGGAGAUCCAGUGAUGAGGACUCCUCAUCAGCCGUCCUACCAGGUGGUUACGGAUCCGUUUGUCGGAUGCGACAUCGCCUGCCGAGUGAUGGAGGCGGGGAGGAGGAUUACGAGGAUGACGAGGGGGGCGAGGUCCGGCGCAGCAAGAUGAGGACCUUUUUCCUGAGAGGGAAGCUGAGGAAGUCAUCGGACACUCGUUCCAGCACAUCACUCGGCUCAGAGAGCAGCGAGUCUUCAUCUCGGGGUGGGAGUCUCAGUCCCACGGCUGGCAUCAGCGUGGUGGUCUCUGACCUCUCCAACUCCCCCAGUAACAGCAGCAACCUGACAGUUGAUAACAGCCCAGAGCACACGGCAAACUUGUCGCCUAAGUCGUCGUCCUCUCUCAAAUGUGAGUUUGGUGAUGAGGCCGGAGAGAUCACCAUCGCAGUGCCUCAGCCCACUGUGUGCGUUAAUGGAAGCCAUGCUUACAAAGUCCAGCACCUGGACCCGGGCUCAGGAAAACCUCCAAAUUCUUUAGGCCUGGGACUGUUGCAGAAGUCUUUGCCUCUCUCAAUGUCUCUACAGAACCUCAGCCUGCGGGCUUCCACAGACCUCCCUAAAGGCCCUGUAGGAGAUGGGCGUCGCUGGUCUUUCGACAAGCCCGGCGAGGAGGAGAAGGCAGCCAUAGCGGCGGCCCUGCAGCAAAGCGGCCCCAUGCUGGGUGCAGACGAAGAAGAAGUAGUGCGGUUGGGACAGCCCGCUCUUCCCAAAGCUGCCUCCUCUGCAGUGGAGUCGGAAAGCCAGGGGAAAAAGCAAAAGAGGAACUUGUUCUCUUAUGGCAGGAGUGAGUCAGCGGGGAAAGGGCAGAGUCAGUCCAAGGAUGAGUCUGAACAAGCCCCAGCUGCCACUGAGGAGAAACACAAGGGAUGGUUCGGAUCUAAGGACUCGCACAGCAAACCCAGCCUGGUGGUGCCCCCUAAACUAGAGCCCAGUCCUCACCCUCACCACCCACCCCUCCCACCUAGUCACCACUCCUCGGGUCCCUCUGUAGAUCCUGCUUCUCUGGUUUCCCCACUGCAUCACACUAACCCCUUCUGCCACUCACAGAGCACACCACCUCUCUUAUCCCCCGGCAACCCUUUCUUCUCUCUCCUCCAACACAACCCUUUCUAUGAAGACAUGCUAGCUGCUCAGCCCCUAAAACCUUCGCUGCCUCCUCUGCCCUAUCUCUCCAGUUCCCGGCCCCCGAUAGCUCAUCUCUUUCCCCCGGCGUGUAAUACUAACCUGACUUUGACUCACGACAACCCAACCACACAGUACUCCAUCGCUGGUAUAGAUGCCAAAGUUGAGAAACGAGCUCUUCCUCCGACUGCCACGGAAGGGGGGACACCUUCGAGCAAGAGGCCAUCCAAUCCUUUUACAUCUGCUGGGGGGCUGGAACAGGAAGCAGAGUGGGAUGAAUCCUUUGAAGCGUUUGCAGCUGGCAGGCUGCAGUCUCCUGAGGAUCUGACCACAGAUUGCAAAACACAGCAAAACACACCCAGUGACCAUCCACUGGAACACUGCAAUAAUAAAAAGGCAUUUCUACCCCUAACGGAUGCUGAUCAAAACACAAAAAUGAAUGACUCACCACAUCUUCAACCUUGCACACUAUUAGGAUUUGAAUUGCAUAAACCCAACAGCCAGGUGACUGGUGCUAACAUGUAUCACUGUGACACAUUUACACAAUUUCUUGAGCCAAUCCCAGAGCACACAAGUUUUGAGAGUGAUAGCAUAACUUUAAAUACACCCGAUAACUCAUCAGACCUGGCUGCUUCCAUUGAAACUAACCAAGCUAACAGUACUACUUACAAAAAUGAUUUAACUGACACUAAUAUGCCUCAAGCCCCCCAUCACACUUCGGCUGUGAAGCUCAACAGCAGCUCCCCAGAUCCUGGUUCUUCAGGUCUCGGGAGUUCAGCAGAAGAGGAUUUCCUCUCCUGUGUCUCUUCGUAUUCAGAUAAAUUCUCUGCAUCCUCCUCCGAAGAAGCUGAGGCACAGAACUUUGAAAGCAACAUCCUCAGCUUUGAGAAAUCCUCUGAGUUGGCUGUGGUGAAAAGCUUAAAGCCCUCAGAGUCUGAAGAUGACAUUACUGUCGGAUCAAAUGAUCUGUCUGUAGUUGAUCUAGACCAGCACACUGUUAUUCAGCACAGGGAAGGUGAUGAAAAGAUAGAUAUAAAUGUUUUGGAGGGGUCAUUGGCACUGCAGUCCCCAGUGCUCACACAUCAGCACCCUGUGAUCACUGCACAAGAGACUCGGGCACCACAACUCUCAGAUCUACAGACAAAAUCCAAUGAGGAUUUUUCUAAAGUGUUAAACGUUUCCUCUGAAUCUGUAAGUAACACUACACAUGCAACGGCUACAGCGACUCCAGAUGAUGAACUCUGCUCCAUUCACCCAUCAUUACCCAUCAUAACCUCCUCCCCUAACAUGAGGCAGAGUUUGUCGGACUUGCUUAUUGAGAGAACUACCAUAGGAGAGCAGGAUGCAAGUUGGAGAUCUCCAAUAUCAUUCGGGCUUGUUGGUGAUUUUCUUAACACCAGUCACAUCAGUCCCAGCCAAGGCUUUGACAACACACUGUUGCACCCUCAGGUAUUCGAUCAGAGCACCAGCCUUUAUGUGAGCACUGACUCGCAGGGUUACCAAACCUGUGAGUCUCACCCAUCCUCCAAAUGCUCGGAACCAAACGAGACGCUGCACUCUGCGAAUUCAACACUCUGUGGUGAGCUAAGCGAGAUUCAGAGCACCGCUGGCUCUGCUUUGGGCCAAGAAGAUUCCACCCAUGCAUGCAAACCAUCCAGUGAAGAAACCAAACAAACUGACCAAAGUGAAUUACCUCUCUGUAGAGCUGAGGACAACAUUACAGCUGCUGAGCCAAGAGUCAUGACAGAGGAUGACUUUGGUUUGGAAGUCCUCCUUGCGGCAUCGACAGAUACUUUCGUGAACUCUAAUCCAAGGGGGCUCACCGAGGGAGAUGUGGAAAAUCAGCAUGUCUUCUUAGACGACAUGUUCUUGAAAUUCCCUCAGUCACAAACGCUACACCGCUCCCAGUCGGAGGGCACACUGACGCCUGCCUUUAACGAGCUCCUCCUGCCCUCCUUUGGGAGCGAUCCUGGUGCUAUACAGAAGGAGUCUUCUUUGGCUCAGCCUGGCCCUGACCUCCCCUCCCUGACCUCCUCUGCUCCUUCUCUAACUCUUGACAGUAGUAGCUCCCCUAUAGCGCUCUGUUCCCUCUCUCCCCUUGCCAAUGCUAUGGCGAGGUCACCACCCAGCGUGGCACAAGCUGCGGCGCCAAAACCAGUGCCUCAGGAGACCCGGCAGCAGCAGGCAGCCAAUCAGCAGAACAGCCCCCACCCAGUGAAGCCCCUGACCACUGCCAUGCUGGCUGAGGAGAAGCGGACUGAGGGCCGGUCAGUGCUGGCCACCGGACUGGAGAAGCUCAAGUCCACCAUCCACCCGGGGAGGAGCAGCCAGCUCAGCGAGCAGGAGACGGACAGGAAGAAGUCCAUGACAGAAGGAGCGGGCUCGUACUACCACCUGAACCACAGUGAACUUGUCGCCCUGCUGGUGCAGCGGGAGGCAGAGCUGGAGAGGCAGAAGGAGGAGUUUGAGCGUCAGAAAUGUUUGCUGGCUAAGCGGGAGGUGGAGCUGAAGAAGCUGAAGCCGCAGGUCAGAGAUCUGGAGGACUACAUUGACACACUGCUGGUGCGCAUCAUGGAGCAGAAGCCCACUCUCCUGCAAGUGCGAUCCAAGUUAAAGUGACGAAGGGGGCAAAGGGUUUCCAGUUCAGUCCCCAUCUGUUCACUGUAACCUCCACAACAGCUCUUUAGUCUUUUCACUGCUAUGCUGUCCUUUUUGAUACAAAUAUCUAGGCACUGAAAGAUGUCCAGGCGAUGUUUUCCAGACGGCAUGCUUUACUGUGCUGAAACGUGGCCUCAUUUGAAGGGGUUUGGUUCGGCCGGUCCAGAAUGUAGCGGGUCCUCAGGUUGUUUUCAGGUUCACACAGCCGGUUAGUUUUAUGUUCACAGGGGAGUGAGCCCACCGGGUUCAAAAGCCAGAUGCUUCCAUUUUGGGGUCCUGAUUGUAGAAACAUGGAUUCCUCAUUUUCACUUCACUUCUAUCACCUUAUCACAAAAGAGAGAAAUGGCAGAGUUUCAGUCCUUAACACAGUACAUCCAACCGACUGCUCAGACAGUUUAUUAAAUUAAAAUUAAAAUAUAUGUACUUUUUCAAAGGUUUCACAGAUCUGUAGGGGGAGGAGAGCUAACAACUUUAAGCGUCACUCUGGUGGUUUUGCAUAUUUUAGCUAUAAAUUAUAUAUCUUUAAAAUCAAUUUUUGCCAUUGUCCCUUUCUGUAUCGUACCAUAAGGUUUAAAUUGAUUUUAUAACCUCAAGGCAACCUUUGGUUUUAUUUCAUUUUAGUGCAGCAUGAAAAUCAGUCUGAAAUCUGCACAAGAUUUCAGUUCAUAGUUGCAGUGAAAAGUAGGCAGCACAGCAGUCACAACAGUCCAAAAAAACAGAGUUGCCAGAAAGCAUUGUGCUUACAAGCUGUGUUGCAGGUGUGUAGCUAAUGAUUAUUUUCAUUUUCAGUUAAUCUGGUAAUUAUUUUCCCUGAUUAAUGGACUGAUGGACAAAUGUCUGGCCUUUUGGAAACUGGUUUAAGCAAACAAUAGAUUGUCAUAACAGUUGACUAAUUGUUUCAACUUGAAUAUGUUGCCCAAAAAUCCAAAAAAAGACAGCUGUAAAUAUGGUUGUCUCUGAAAGCGGCAAUGGACAGUCAGGCUUUGGAUUUUGUAGUGUUAAAGUAAUACCAUUUUUGGUUUUCAGAACAGGCCUAGCUCAAAACUACUGCAUUACACUUGAUACUAUAAAUAAAGGCAACAGAACGUUUACUAAAGUGGAUCUUGAGUAUGUUUCAAGUUUCUGCAGGUGAUUUCAUGCUUAAAGGAAUAGUGUUGCAAGGUGGAUGCAGCAACAUCCUGAAGUGCAAGAACUCCAGGAAGCUGUUCACCAAAAAGUCCCCAUAAAAAUACAAGUUAGUGCUUCAUAGUUUGCAUAUUUUUUAACUUUGGACAGAGCCGUGUUAACUGUUUUCUUUUUCCCAGUCUUAAUGCUAAGCUAAGCUAAUCACCUCCUGGCUUAAGUAGACUUCACUUGAUGAGGUGAAAUCAUGCAAAACCACCAGUGUGUCAUGUGGAGUAACGUACGCCUAUAAAGACUUGUGUGAGAUGAUGUACAUGUUGUUUUGGAUUGACACUCUGCAGAAGUUCCCCAGUUCUGAUGGUAACAUCAAGUGCUCCGACCAGUUUUUGAAAUGACAAACCAAAUGAGCGGUGUGUGAGUUCAGCCUUGUCACGUUACUGGGAACUGAUCGUAGCUCAUGAAUGUUCAAAAAGUGUUCUUAGCCAGCAAGUGAAUGGUUUUUUUCUUCUACGCACGAGGAGUGCUGUUUAUCUUUUGCUUGCUCCUACCUGUUUUCCUCUCCUUUGUUUCUGUUCAAUGGGCAUGUCUUGAAAUUACCCAUAAUGCUCAGCCUAAUAAGCUAACUGAUUCUUGUAUGGGUCACGGUGUUAUCAGGUGAAGACAGUAUCACUCAGUAUCAAAAUCAGCCAUCACAGCUUCUCUGAUCUCAUGCUUCUGCCUUCCCACGUGUGCGUUAUCAACACGACUCCACUGUUGAGAAAAUGCUUGCGACAUGCUGGUACUUGUCUCCCACCCCCGAUGUCUGCGUGUCACAUCUGCUUCAGCCCGAGCACGCGUAUCGCUACUGCUUUCAGGUGUUACAAAGGGAUAUAUACCGCAUUUUACAGCAUAUAUGCCGUAUUGAAAUGCCAAAUGCUGCCUUAUUUUAUUUUAUUUCUUUUUUGUUCCGACGUUCAUAAAGAAUCUAGCACUUCAUUUUACUCUUCGGGGCUCGGAGCGGGUUUUGGAAAAGAAAAGCCGUUUGUUCACUGAAAGUUUUUUUUUAAACUUCUGUUCAUGCUUUGUUAUGUUGUUUAGCUCACUGCACAACAAUAAGUGUAUGCAUACCAAUAGAAAAUGAGCAGUAACAGUGAUUCCUGUGAAAUGCCAAAAAAAGCCUUGAAACGUAAUUGAUACACCAUGAAGUAUUCUGAUAUGAUGCCACUUUUAAAAGCAUUUGUGGAUGUUCUUGCACUACUUAAUCGUCAGAACAUAACUCUACUGUACCUGUCUGUAGAUAUCGGUAUAGUUAGGUCUACUUUACACCGUACUGCACUUUCGAAUCGCUCUGUGAUUUAAGCACUUGGCCUACUUUGACACCACAGCGAUGAUUUUCCAGUGAGCUUGAAGCAUAUGAAAACAUCAAGAAAAAAACUGUCUCGUCAUCUCAGUUUUGCCGUGAGAUCUCAAUGUCAAGUGCAUAGAUGACCGUAGAGACAUUAAAUGUGACUCGACACUUAUGAAGCGCAAGAAUAAACGUCCUCCUCCAUGUCUUCCAUUUUCAAGGUUUUUUUUUUUUUGUUUGUUUUUUUUAAUUUAAGUUUAAACUGAUUGUAUUUUGUCCUUGAUUGUGUAGCUGGUGGAGUGUGAUUAAGGUAGUAUGUAAGAUUGGAAAGUUUACAAUUCGUGAUGCAAUUCUGUUUCACAAAUUUUGUAUAUUUAAUAAAGAAUAUUUUGUGUUUCUUGCUCACCCUA